UCACCGUUGAAAAUUAACGUGCAACCCUCACUCCGUCGUCACGGUCACGAUCACAACAAGAGGCGAAGCUCACUGCAACGUCUGUGACGUCGAGGUCACAGCCGUCGAGUCCACCGCCGUUGAGCCCACCGCCGUUGAGCCCACCGCUGUUGAGAACCACUCCCGGAAGCUAAAUCCCUUACUGCCACAAACAAUUGGUCACCCUAGCUCUCCGAAUCGUGCCACGAAAUCGCGCUUCUAGUCCUUUUGGAUCGUGGUCUCGAAGAUCAUUUUGAAUUUAGAAUUUCCAAGAUCGCCAAUUCUAACCUCGUUGUGAUCAUCAAGCUCGUCAUGAUCGGCAAGCUCAUCGCCAUCCAUGUUCGUUGCUACCCUUAUAGUCACAUUCAAACGCUGCCCCAAAUAGCUAAGGGUCCGCUAGUCGACCAAGUUCAGACGUGCCACGACUAGCUGCAAAUGUUGAUGGACAGUUAGGGUAACAAAAUUGCUGGUGUUGAGGUGCUAAUUAGAGGUCAAUUUGCAAAUGGCUACACCUGCUAAUUCCAGUAAGAGUGGGAACUGGAAGCGAAAAGAAUUGUUGUUUCUUGUGAUUUAUGCAAUCGUUUUCUAUGUUAUCAUCAUCAACCGUUCACUUCAACUCUCUCGCGAUUAUUACAAACAGCUGUCAGGUUUACGCCCGGGUUGGCUCUUAGCUAACCACCUCAAUGAUGUUUCAGAUGCUCAGUGGAGGAAUUUUCGAGGAAAUAUAUCUGUUCUUACUCUUGUCUUUGGAAUUUUCACUCUUCUUGCCUACUUGAUGAAGGCUUUCUUUGAUUUAAGAGUUAGAGGAAUGUCCAUUGCGUGGCUUUUAUUUUCUUUGGCGUACUUGUCAUAUCUUCAUGGAGUAUGCAUAGCUUUUAUCCUAUCAAUAGCUACUGGAAAUUUUAUUCUUGUAAAGAUAUUUGCACAGAAGGAGUACUUCCCACUUAUACUUUGGAGUUACAACAUAUUGUUUCUUCUCAGUAAUCGGAUUUAUGAAGGAUAUUCAUUCUCUAUAUUUGGGCAACAAUGGGCAUUUUUGGACAAUUACCGGGGCAGCUUUAGGUGGCACAUAUGCUUCAACUUUGUUGUUUUGCGCAUGAUAAGCUUUGGAUUCGAUUAUCACUGGACUAAUCGAGAUUCUCAUUUUGAUCAGGAGAAGCAUUAUCAACGUUGUCAUAUUUGUAAAUCCGGAAAAUCUUGCUAUCAAGUUUUACAGGAGAGAAGUCUGCCAAAUGACAGGUUUGGAUAUAUCACGUACCUUUGUUAUUUGGUAUAUGCACCACUUUAUAUCGCUGGUCCAAUACUGAGCUUCAACGCUUUUACCUCACAGCUAGAUGUUCCUCAAAACACCAUUUCGGUUAGAAACGUGACACUCAAUGGUUUUCGCUGGAUAUUGAGUAUUAUCCUCAUGGAAUUAAUGACUCAUCUAUUCUACUACAAUGCCUUCGCUAAUAGUGAUUUGUGGAAGCACUUAUCUCCUAUGGACGUGUUCAUCAUUGGAUAUGGUGUAUUAAACUUCAUGUGGCUAAAAUUUUUAUUGAUCUGGCGCUUUUUCCGAUUUUGGUCACUGAUAAAUGGAAUUGAGGCUCCGGAGAACAUGCCAAAAUGCAUUAAUAAUUGCCACAACUUGGAAGGCUUCUGGAAAAAUUGGCAUGCUUCCUUCAACAAGUGGCUUGUGAGGUAUAUUUACAUUCCUCUUGGGGGAUCGAAGAAAAAGCUACUAAAUGUGUGGGUUGUAUUCACAUUUGUUGCAAUCUGGCAUGAUUUAGAGUGGAAGCUUCUUUCAUGGGCAUGGUUGACCUGUAUAUUCUUCAUCCCUGAGUUGGUUUUUAAAUCUGCAGCAAAAGCUUUCCAGGCUCAAAGUUCUUUUGGAGUAUGCAUAUUUCGUGAACUCAGUGCUGUUGCUGGGGCAGUCACAAUUACUUGCCUCAUGGUGGCUAAUCUGGUUGGGUUUGUGGUUGGACCGGGAGGCAUUAACUGGCUGCUUUCUUCUUUCCUUCACAAGGAAGGUUUGCCCGUCCUUGGCGGCAUGCUUGUGACAUUUUACGUUGGAACAAAGAUUAUGUUCCACAUUGAGGAGGCAAAGCAAAGAUUGCCCUGAACUGGGACAAUUACUUUUGACCAUGUGAAAAUAUUCAGACUCAUUUUUUAGUCCAUAUAUGGUUUAAACUUGAAUGUUAUAUUUUUUAAUUAAAUUAUAUUAAAUUAGAGUUGAAUUAAUAAAAUUAAGAAAGAAAAUGUAUUUUCAUGGAAAUGUUAAAAUCCAAGAAAGAUAACGACCAAAGAGACA